GACCUAAGGUUGGUGGUUUGGAGGGCGAAGCCGUGCAGUUUGCUCAAUGCCCCACCAAGACAACAAAAAGUUGAGUUGCUUUUCACUCCUCUCAGCUUGCAUCUUCCUUAUUCCAUCCUCGAUACUCCGUUCGAAACUUAAGUGUAUUCCUUAUUGCUCAACCUCAUUCACAACAAGCAAAAGCUCGCUGACAUAAAUUUCUCAUCACACCACUUGACCAUGCCGAUAGUUAAGAUCCACGCCCGCUCCGUCUAUGACUCCCGGGGCAACCCGACAGUCGAAGUUGACGUUGUCACCGAGACUGGCCUUCACCGCGCCAUCGUCCCCUCGGGUGCCUCUACUGGUCAGCACGAAGCCUGCGAGCUUCGAGACGGUGACAAGUCAAAAUGGGGAGGAAAGGGUGUCCUCAAAGCCGUUGACAACGUCAACUCUGUGAUCGGCCCAAAGCUGAUUGAGAAGAACAUUGAUUGUACCGACCAGUCUGCUGUGGACAAGUUCUUGAUUGACCUUGAUGGAACGGAGAACAAGACCAACCUCGGUGCCAACGCCAUUCUCGGUGUCAGUCUGGCUGUUGCAAAGGCUGGCGCUGCUCAGAAGGGCGUCCCACUCUAUGCACAUGUCUCCGACCUUGCUGGUACCAAGAAGCCAUACGUGCUUCCUGUUCCCUUCAUGAACGUCCUCAAUGGAGGUUCUCAUGCCGGUGGUCGCCUUGCCUUCCAAGAGUUCAUGAUUGUUCCUGAUCAAGCACCUACUUUCUCUGAAGGUCUCCGAUGGGGUGCUGAGGUCUAUCAAAAGCUGAAGUCGCUCGCCAAGAAGAAGUACGGUCAGUCCGCUGGCAACGUUGGUGACGAGGGUGGUGUUGCUCCUGAUAUUGAAACCGCUGAAGAGGCGCUGGAUCUGAUCUCUGCUGCCAUUGAGGAGGCUGGAUACAAGGGCAAGAUGAACAUUGCCAUGGAUGUUGCUUCUAGCGAGUUCUAUAAGGAGGCGGAGAACAAGUACGACCUGGACUUCAAGAAUCCGGAUAGCGACCCAAGCAAAUGGAUCACUUACGAGCAAUUGGCCGACAUGUACAAGUCACUGGCAAGCAAGUACCCCAUCGUCUCCAUCGAGGAUCCGUUUGCGGAAGAUGACUGGGAGGCAUGGAGCUACUUCUUCAAGACCUCUGACUUCCAGAUCGUUGGUGAUGAUUUGACUGUGACAAACCCCAUCCGCAUCAAGAGAGCCAUCGAUUCUAAAGCAUGCAAUGCUCUUCUGCUCAAGGUCAACCAGAUCGGUACUCUCACGGAGUCCAUUCAAGCCGCUAAAGACUCGUAUGCAGCAAAUUGGGGCGUCAUGGUCUCUCAUCGUUCUGGUGAGACCGAAGAUGUCACCAUUGCCGACAUUGUUGUGGGUAUCCGAGCUGGGGAGAUCAAGACUGGUGCACCAUGCCGAUCUGAACGACUGGCCAAACUCAACCAGAUUCUGCGCAUUGAGGAAGAGCUGGGAUCCAAUGCGAUCUACGCUGGCAGCAACUUCCGCAAGUCUGUUACCUUGUAAGAGGACUGCUAGAAUCGCUCGUGGCUUAGGCUUAGCCUAGCAAAAAUUUCAUAUUGAUACACCCCUUGAUUACCGUGCAAAAGUGGUUGACAUGGGACUUAUGAAUCAAACGAAUUCAUGCAAGUUGACCCAAUA